ACAGCCGCCCAGAGGGAGACAACAAUGUCACUACUAACUGUGCCAUACAAACAGCCUGUGUCCCUGCAUAUUGGUUCUUCUGUGACAAUCAAAGGGAAACCUGUCCAACCUUUCAUCAAUCAACCACGGCUACAGGUGGAUUUCCACACUGCACAGGGUGACGUCUCAGACAUCGCUUUCCGUUUCCAAGUGUGCUUUGGCUAUUACGUGGCCAUGAACAGCCGUGAGAAUGGGGCCUGGAAGCAGGAGGUGAAAUCCAAGAAUAUGCCCUUUGAGGAUGGCAAAGAGUUUGAGCUGUGCAUCUCAGUGCAGGACAAUGUGUACCAGGUAAUGGUCAAUGGCCAGUUCUCUUACACCUUUGACCAUCGACUCCCACAAGGGUCCGUGAAGAUGGUGCAAGUGUGGGGAGAUAUCUCCCUUACCUCAAUGGGUCCGAAGCUGCGCUUGGCCGAAGUCAGACUCGAGGGCUUCGGGAGCCAGCUGGGGGCGUGGGAGGGCAGCCGGGCCGGAGCCGCACCCACGCGGAGUCGGGACUCGGGGUCUAACCCCGGGGCGGCCCAGAUCCCGCCUACAGCCGCCUACCUCUGCCUGAGAAAUGUCGCUGCCGCCAUUCGUCGCGCCCGUCUGUCUGCCACUGCUAUCUGCCUGCAGGUCUCACAUCUCCGACCCGCAGGUUACCUGAGAAGCUCGGGGAAAACCGGAACGACACGACGACGGAGUUGCGCGGGUGCGCACUGA